AUGACCAAGACUGAGUGUGUUGGUGGCGUUGGGCUUGGUCGUCGGGUCGGCCUGCAGCAGCUGCCUCGGCGGAGGCUGUGGCGGAGGAUCCUCUGGUGGCGUCAGCCGCUCCUACGCAGGACCCACAAUAGCUUCGGAGGAGGAGGAGGAGGAGGAGGAUCGGAGGAUCCUUUGGAGGCGGAGGCGGAUCCUUCGGGGGAGGAUCCUUUGGAGGUGGAGGAAGCGGUGGCAGAGGAUCCUUCGGCGGAGGGUCCUUCGGUGGAGGCGGCGGUCGCUUCGGUGGCGGAUCUUCUGGCGGAAGGGGCGGUGGUUUCGGCGGCGGAGGAGGAUCCUUUGGAGGAGGAUCCUUCGGCGGGGGUGAGCAACACUUACAGUGGGCCAAGCAAUAACUUUGGAGGCUCUGGCGGAGGCGGGAGGAGGAUUCAGUGGAUCGUUGGAGGAGGAUCGUUUGGAGGAGGAUCGUUUGGCGGCGGAGGCGGCGGGUCUUUCGGAGGUUCAGGCGGCGGGGUAUCUGGCAGUUACCUGCCGCCCUCCGGGAAAUAA